UCCGGAACCUGGUCCGUUCGUAACCUCCAGAACGCAGUGAGUGGCACAACGGCCAUCGCGGGCCGUCGGUCGAUCGUCAGGCCAGGCAGUGUGUGGCUUUCCCCCGGGGGAAGCUGUGUGUGUGCGCCGCGCUCGAUACACACGGAAGUUGCGGAAAAACACGGAUCUAACGGUCGGGCCGUUUAGCGGGUUGUUGGCGACCAACCGAGCCGAGCGCCACGACCACAUUGGUACCGCGGAACAGCCUGGAAACUAGUUGCCGUGAUUCCCGUGACGACGGCAGACGGAUUGGCGCGGCUCACAACUUGUACCUUCAGACGAGUAAUAUCCAGCUGUUACCUUGACGAUGUCCGCAAGCGUGGUGCGGUGAUUGCUUCGAUCGAACGGUGGCUUUCGGUUCGUUGUGAGUUGGUGUUUGGAUUAGGAGAUCCGAUCUUCUCGUGGACAGAAAGCACACGCUACAGUGACCGGACGCUCGUUCGCUCUCGAUGGUGGUUCCCUGAGCGGCGGGCGUGGAAUGCUGUACGAUUAUCAGCCACAAGUCUAUCAGAAGCAGCAGCAGCAUUAUCUGCCAGCAGCAGUCAUGCCGAAGAAGGAUUCAAAGUCCGAUGAAGGUGGCGGUGGCGGCGGCGGCCGGAAAACCAAAAUGAGUCAGGCGGCUGCGGCCAAACUGGAACAGCAGCAGCAGCAACAGCAGCAGCAGCAACAACAGCAGCAGCAGCAGGACGAUAUGAAAGGACCCAGCGGAAGGCCCGGAUCGGUGGGACCCGGCGGCCCAAGCGGCAUGAAAGCAUCGGACGGCUGCAGUAUUAACAGUGGUGGCGUGGGUGGUCCCAACGCUGGCGGUGUUCUCGAGGCGCUUGGUAAAGGUGGUCCCGGAGGAGGUCCUGGCGGAGGUCCUGGCGGUGGUCCCGGUGGCCCAGGGCUCGAUGGUCAUCCGCUUGAUGGCAAGCUCAAUCCGGGGCUAGCCGGGCUGAUGGGCAACAAGCCGUCGAAUAAGCUCGAGUACACGCAACAGCAAAGCCAGAUCUUCGUCUUCUCCACGGCGCUUGCCAACAAAGGCGCCGAAGCGGUGCUGAGCGGCCAGUUUAAUUCGAUCAUCGCGUAUCACUGUGCACAGAUGCAGAAACGGAACCAGCUCGGGCCAUGUGGUGGAGGUGGAGGUCCUGGCGGAGGUGGUGGCGGUGGCGGUGGGCCGGGCGAUGAGCUUGGUGGCGGCGGGAACAGUGUCGUGGGACCGGGAGCCAUGUCACCGUGGAUGGACCACGGCCAUCACGGUGGUCAUGGAUCGCCCGACCACCAUAUGCGAGGGGGCGGCAGUGGUGGGAUGAUGGGACCGGACGUGGGAAUGAAGAAAUCGGCUACCAUUCACCAUACGGCAAACUCGUGCCUCGGUGACGGCGACGGCAGCGGUAGCGGAGGUCCACCGCCUGGAAUGGCGUCGAUGUUUGGCGGCGGUCCAGGUGGCAUGAUUGACCAUCAUAUGCGCAUGGCCGGGGGGCCGGGAUCGGGUCCGGAUCCGACGGUGAUGGGCAAAAAGUCGGCCACGAUACACCACAUACCGAAUGCGGGCGCCUGCAUGGACCAGGAUGGUUCUGGGUUGCCAAUGUACCCGGUGGACGGUGUCGGUGGUGGUGGCGGCCACAUGCGGAUGGGACCGGACGGGAUGUCGAAACCGUCCACCAUCCACCACACGCCCAACUCUUCGUGCAUGGAAGGAAGUGGCGGAGCGAGUGACAGCUCCGAUCCGUCGGCCCUCGGCGGUGGCCACCCGGGCGUGAAGAUGGAAAAUCCAUCACCCGUCGGUUCGCACAUCUCCCCCAGCGGAGGUGGUGGUGGUGGCGGGCCGGGCGGUGGUGUGCCGGGUGGCGGUCCGGGUGGCGGCGGCGGUGGGAUGAUCGGCGGUCCAGGAGGGGGUCCAGGUCCGAUGGGAGGAGUUGGGGGCGGAAGCCACUCGAGUUCGACGAUCAUCGAUCAGAUGAACUCGUUGGUCGCCUCGCUGCCGCUGAUGAAGGGCGGCAACGUCCUGUCGCAAUCGCGUGGCCAUCCGCAACCAUCGCUGCAGGGUGUGAAGGUGCCGGACGAGAAUCUGACGCCCCAACAGCGCCAACAUCGCGAACAGCAGCUCGCCACCCUGCGGCAGAUGCAGAAAAUGUUCUUUCCCGAGCAGCGCGGCAUGAUGGACCCGCACGGCAUGGGCAUGAGGCCUCAGUUCCGGGGCGGUAUGCCACCCGACUUCGGCGGCGGCGGUCCCCCCAACAGACCGCUUAAUCCGGCGUUCAUGAACACACCGAUGGGACCGGACGGGCCGGGACCGGGCCCCGGACCGGGACCCGGCAUGAUCAAUGAGCAGAUCCCUCCGAUGCAAUACAACAAACCGAACAUGAUGAACCCUGGCAUGUACAGUAUGGGUGGCGGUGGCGGGCCGAUGGGUGGCGGUGGACCGAUGGGUGGCCCGAUGGGUCCCGGAGGCCCGAUGGGUCCCGGAGGUCCGAUGGGCGGUGGCGGCGGAGGAGGACCGAUGGGAGGUGGGCCCGGUCCGGGACCGAUGAACCGCAUGUACAAAGCAGACCCCGACCCAAUCUUUCCCCCGAUGACCGAAAUGGGACCGGGUGGUGGCGGCGGCGGCGGAUACGGGGGAGGCGGUGGUGUGAUGAACAAUCACGGGCCGGGAAUGUUUAACCCGGGAGGGAUGCAACGGAUGGGGAUGCCACCGGGUGGCGGUGGAGGGGUGCCCGGUGGUCAUAUGAUGGGACCAAAGAUGGGCCCGGAUCCGUCUUCGAUGCUCGGUGGCCAUCCUAUAGCGCAGUCCCCACUGAUGGACGACGAUCUCGCGAAGGGUUCGAUGCAGCAGCAACAGCAACAGCAGCAAAUGAUGCUUCCCGCCAAUCCGCCUCUUCCCCAGCCCGGCACUCCCACCGGUGGAGGUAGUGGUGGCAGCAAUGGUGGUGGGCCGAUGUCCGGCCCCAUGUCCGGCAUGAACCCCAACCUCAACCCGAACGGCGCUGGCGGCAGUGCGAACGGCACGGCCAACGGUGGGAAAACGAAAGAACCGUCCGUUUCGCCCGAGCACGGCGGAGGUCAGGGACCGGGCUCGAACCAGCAACAGCAGCAACAAGGGCCCGGCAGUCAACAGGGGCCCCUCACACCUCAGACGCCACAAGGUGGUCAGCAAACGCCCGGCCAACCGCUAACCCCACAAACGUCAAUGGCCGGUUCGUAGGGACCGAUCGUCCGUGAAUGCGACUGUGCGGUGUGUGCGUGUGCUUGCCUACGGUACGCUAACGCACACACCGGCACACGAGCGAACCCUCCCCAGAAUCCUCCAUCCACCUCCACGCCCGUGCAACAAAUCUGCCUUAUCACAAAACCGACGAAUACGAGCGAAAAAGCAAAGCAAAAAUAAAACAAAUACGCGAAUAUACGAAACAAACUUAAAAAACACAAACGAGAAACGAGAAGCGAAGACAAAACAAUACAAAACAAACGAAAGAUGUAACGAUAGCAAGAGAGCUGAGAGCGUGUAAGAGAAUAGGAAAACAAAAUAAUAGCGAAAGCAAAUAAUGGACGUAGCGCAAGAAGCGCCCAGAAAAACGGUGUGAAAAGAUGAGUGAAACAAGCAGAACAUGAUUUCAGGUUAAUUGAAGUUGGUGCAGGUGGUGCUCUGGGACAGGAUCUUUUUGAGAUCAGCUUCGUGUAACGGUUUCGUUAACUUCCUUCCAUGUUAUAGUUCCGUUUUCUUGCUCAAAGCCGCUCAACCCCAAACACACUGUAGACGGAGGCCGCGUGGGCCGUUUUUGGGUGCCUAAUUAUUAGUAGAAAAUUCACCCCAAACAAGAAGUUUCGAAAGUAUCUCCCCAGCUUGCCUGCGUGCUAGCCAGACUUUGCUACCAAACGAGCGCCGGGAAGUUUACUUAACUGACGACGCAAAGAGAGGAUAUCCGUCUUCUUCCAGCCCUCGGUUUGUGUGCCACGCAUGUGUGCCCUAUGAACGUUUGCCACCCCGCAGUAAACCUUUGCCCUUGUUUUCAUCAUCGUUACGUGAACACUUUUAGUCCAAAAUAAAUUAAAACAAACAAUCAAUGGGGGUGUUAAUACUAAAAAAUUGUAAACAAAUCACGACACAACUGAAUUGGAUACGUUCAAACAUUUGCGUGUGCAGCCCGAGAAAGCAAUUGUUUGCAGUUUUAUCCGCGUCUUUGUACUAAUGUUUCUAACACGUGAAAUCAAACAUGUAAACAACUCCCAACAAUGAGCAAUAAUAACAAUACGCUGGUACUACGGACCUGCCUCAUUCUCGUAUUACAUUUUUUGCCAUUCGAAGAUGCACAGCGCCAUUUGCAGUUGCUUGAAAGAACUGAUUUGAAUCCAACGGAAGGCUGAGUUUUUGAGUGCGCUUGGUCCCAAGGUUUUGUUGUAAAACUACUACUAAAAGUUAGCCGUUUAGGUUUCUUCGAUCCAGCUUGUUAUCCAUCCGGUCCUUUCGUUAGCCCAUUACUUUGGCCACGUUUCCGUAGAGAGCGUCAAAAGUGGAAGCAAAACUAGUAACCCUCAUAGACGCGCCGAGAUAGGUAGCUCCGCGGGAGAAGGAGGGUUUUAGAA